GAAAAAGUUGAUAAAGAAUUUUUUGCAGAAAAAAAAAGACUUAAGAUGUCUGAUCUAGCAGAUAGUGACCACAGUGAUAUCGUUGUUGAAGAUCCAAGUAAUUCUUUGACUUGGGACAUGACAGACUCUGAUUAUGCUCGAGUGAUUUUCUGUGAUGUAGCUGAUUCAUACUCAACUGAUGUCGAUGUAGAAUGUCAUUACCAGUUGUCAUCUUUAAUUGAUCCUAAGGUAGACGACUAUGUUGGCGUAUACAGAAUCGGCUGGAAGGAAUCAAGUGAACAUGUUGCAAUGUUGUUUUGCAGUGAAGCAACCUACAGUCAUGAUACUUGUGUGACUCAUUGUACUCUUCUGUUUAAAGCUGAAAUGCUCCCUAAAGAAGAUGGUCAGUAUUAUCAGUUUUGUUAUAUGACCAAAAAUGGAGAAAUUCAUGGAGCAAGUAUACCUUUUUCUUUCCACACACCUCAACAAGAACAACUGCUUAUCACUGCAGCUGACGGAGAAGACAGUAGCUUUGUGGUUGUGCGAUCACAUCAAGCUUUUCUAGAGGAAAAGUUACGUAAAGCCACACAGAUUAUGAAGUUUGAACAUCAGAUUAAAGUGGAGUUAGAGAGAAAAGUUGAAAAAUUAGAAAGUGAUGCAAUAGUGAUGAAGAAUCGGGAAACAUUUCUUCAAGACCAGAUUAAGGCUAUAGAGGCUGAAAAGGCUGCACUUGAGAACGAACUGAAAGAUAUCCUGGAAAAAUACAAUCAACAACAAGAGCAAACUGAAGAUCUGAAGAAACUAGUGGAUAAGCUACAGUCUGACCUUGAAAAAGGAAAUGUGUAUUGUAGUCAGGUCCAGGAUACUGUAAAGACAUUGGUAUCAGAAAAAACAGAACUGGAAGGAAAGCUAAACAGGGAAAAAGAAGCCUUGAUUGAACUUGAGUGUCAUGUUAAAAGUAUUCAGAUGAAAAAUGGGCAAGUAAGUGACCUUGAAAAUCGUUUGAUGGAAAAGAUCGUGACAAUGAAAUGUAUGGAGACCACCAACAAUUCUUUACUGGAUGAAAUUUCAAGGCUAAAAAAAGAUAAAGACCGCUUAAAAAAACAGCAAGAAAAGUCUAAGGAUGAGUUACAGUUCGUUCAGCAGCAGUUGGAUAGCACAAAAACCAUGCUUGAAGCCCAGGAAACUACCAAAGAUUUGAUGUGGGAAGAAAUAAGAGCUCUGCGGGAAUAUAAGAAACAGUCUGGUGAUAUUAUUGAGAAAAUUAAACAUGAGAAUGCAAGUCUGAAGAAAUCCGUAGAUGCUUCUAACCUGCAGCUCAGUGAUUAUAAUAUGGGAUCUCAUCCUAGAAACGUUCUCGAGUUCCCUAAUGAUGACAACAAAGGAAACAAGUUUGAUGAAGCAGAGUACGCAUUCCAAGUGGCUGACUUACAAGCACGGUUAAGAGCUGCAGCUGUUGAAUAUCAAAUUAAAUAUCAAGAGUGCUGGAAGCUACAACAUCAAGUAGAGAAACUAAGAAAAAAGCUGAAGGAUAAAUGUGGUGUUAAUGUGACCAGUCAGACUUCGAGUGAAAACAUGUCAACAGCUGAUAAAAAUUCAGACUCAUCAGAAGAGCCAUCUGGUAAAGAAGGUUCAACAUGUCAAUCUGUUACUAAACUCAUCAGGUCCUACCAUAGUGACAAGUCUACCAAGUCAUACAGCAAAGACAGACUUGUAAGAUCUUUUAACAAGGAUCAGUUCACGAAGCCUAAUGAUGUCCACGUAGAGCUGCUUGCCUCUUACAGUUUUGGCAAACCCAUGAAAUCAGGUAGCGAUGCAGACACUGGUGAAUCCUUGCCUGCAGAAAAACUCCCCCGUGAAAGUGUUCUUACUGCUAAACAGACUGAUGAAGCAAAACAAAAGUCAUUUUCAAAACAUGACUGUCAGAUGGAAGUUAAAAAAACUGACCAAGAAAUACUAGAAGGUUCAGAAGAGAAAGAAGUCAUUGUAGAGCAACCAAAAUCAGCAGCUGUCGGAAUGAUUAAAAUGCCACCACAUUUGGGUUGGAUCCUUCCAACAACUACAUCUCAGUUGUCCUUUUCAAAACUAUGGCCUGUUCAGCAACUUCAGAAAGUUAUCCCAAGCUCACAACCUCAGUGUUGCCCAAGGCUUUCUUACAACUAUGGUGCAACAGAAUUGUCAGGGCAACAGUUUGCUUCUUCAGAGUGUGAUCCGUGUGUGUCGACCUCCAACAAUCUUUUGGAUGAUUCUGGUGUUUGUGGUCUUCCUAAUCCCUUAGAACCUGAAAAGGUACAGCAAUCAAACUGUGAAGCUGUGAAAGAGACCAUCAAUAAUGGAUACUUGAAGGCCAAGUGUGAUGUUAAUGACACUAUGAAAAAUAAUCAAAAUUUCAUUGAUGAUGUUAUUCAAAGCCAGUUCAGAGAAUUCAUUAAAUCAGAAGCUUCAUGUAUGCCAAACAGCAAAGAGCGGGAGAAGAGUAUGAUUUUUAUACCUUGCCCUAUUUGUCAAAUCAAUGUGGGAGGUGAGUCAGGCACUACUGACUUGUUGAUGACCCAUUUAUUAGAAGAACACCAACAAAGAACAUGUCCAGUUUGUGGCCAGAUGUUUCACACCUCCUUGCCUUUGGACUACCUUCAGUUCCAUAUUCAGAAUCACUUUCAGGAAGAAGACUUGAGCUAUGAGAAUAUCUAAAUGACCCCAAGCUUCAUCAGACUAUUCCUUCCUUACUUUUAGAUUAAACUUUUUUUUUUUUAGUGUUAAUGUCUUGUUGAGCAAUAAGUGUGGCUAAAAAACCCUUAAUCUUUUGUCAAAUUAUUUCUUUCUUCAUUUUAGAUUUAAAAUUUUUUUGUAAUAGUGAUGUAUAGUAUAGUUGCGAAAAUUGAGAGAAAAAAAAGGGGUAGGAUGGAAAGGAUCUUCGGUGUGAGGUAGCAAAACAACUAGGGGGAGGGUCUGGGAGGUGCCCUCCCCGGGGUACAGAAAUGUUAUCAUUUUAACCUUAAAUCUGCACAUUCUGAGAUGCUCUUUUAUGCAAAAUUAAAGCAGAAUAAUUAUGUUUUCCUGAUAAAAUCACGGCAACGUGUUUUUCAAAACGUACAUGAUUUGCCCUGUUUUGAAGGGUGAAUGCACCGAAAUACCUUCAACCAUGAUACAUUGAAUGAAUUGUCAUAUCUAACACGUUGUUUUCCCUUGUCCUUUCCUCUACUGUCAGCCAUGAUGACUGAAGAAAUCUCAAUUGAGUUUGUCAUCUUUAGCUUCGUCUUCAUGUGUUAGGCUAGCACUAGGCGACACUGUGUGUGUACAUAAAUGGGACAGCAUUUGUAAUUUGCUGCUGUGUACUUUGAAUAGUAGCUGUCAUCAAUCAAAUGCAGUGAGUUUACGAAUAUGAUUUUUCACACAGCAUAGAGGGAAGCCGCCUGAAGGGUGACAGAAACCUUGUCACAACAUGAAAAUCAAUCAAUAACUUCAGUGAGACAUGUUAAUUUUUGAAAGUGGUAUUUUUUGCUAUUAUUGGGCAAUCAAAUUGGUAGGCUGUUCAAAUAUACAAAAAAAGCUGUGGUUUGCCACCAAAAGUGGUAAAGUUGGCAACUAUGGUACAAUGUAGCCCCGUUAUAAUGCAUUUGUUGAGGUCCAUAAAAUUUCAUCACAAAACAAGCGGGGUCAAGCUAAAUCUCGGUUUUGUAGAGAUGCACUUAAAAUAUUAAAAGUUAUUAGUAUGUAAACUGUAACAAGGUUAUGGUUACGAAGUUGGUCCCAAGGACUGAGCCCGUGUUGAAAGAGUUAAUGACUCAUUGCGUUAUAUCCAAAUUCACGUAAAAUCGGGGUUUCACUGUAUAAUGUUUAAGUAAUGAAGCAGAAGAAUAGAUUAAUUUAAUAAAAUUCUGUUGUACUCUUAAAAACUAUCUUGUAAAUUAACAGCAAUGAUUCAGUGAAGAUUUUGUGGUAUUAUUUCUAGUGCUUAGUGUCAAGUUCUAUGUGAAUCAAAGGAAGACACUAUAAAUUGGUUUAGUUUGUCAUUAUGAAUACAAAGAUUUCUUUAUGCUUCAGUAUCCCUAGGUUUAGGCAGUAAUAAUUCUUUUAAUGUUACUUUAAAGUUUUAUUUUAUUUUGUAGAAUUUUUCAGUAGUACUUUAAUAAUUUGUGUAAAAGUUUUUGGAUAAAACUACACUAAGAACAUAAAAACUGUUACCUUAGGUGUUUAGUUGAUGUGAAACCUUUUUGGUUUUAGGAUAAAUAUCUUUCUUACAGUAACUAAAAGUCGCCUCAUUAUUACUAUUCUUCAUAACAAAUUCUGUAUUUAAUAAUUUAUUAUUGUUUUUGAGUCUAUAAUCUAUACCUGCUACUGUAAUUCUUUAAUUGAAUCUUCUCUAUAAAAUCAAUUUUUUUCUGCUUAUCAUUGUUGUUUAAGAUCAUUUUCUCACAUGAUUUCAUAUUUCUGUCUUAAUUCUCCCAAACAUUCAUACAAAGGUAUUAUUUUCUGUGUAGCUUUUACGUUUGUUAUCACUCUUUCCUUAAAUCCUUACUUCUGUCACUGUUUUAUUGGAAGGUUAUGUUUCUACCUUUUGUUAUUCAUGGAAGCCAUAAUUCUAUCAUUGUUCUUCUUUGGGAUCAUAAUUCUGUCUUUGUUGUUGCUGGAAGCCAUACUUCUGUCAUUAUUCUCCUUAGCGAUCAUGAUUCUGUCCUUGUUGUUCCUGGAAGCCAUUCUUCUGUCAUCGUUCUUCUUGGGGAUCAUGAUUCUGUCCUUGUUGUUCCUGGAAGCCACACUUCUGUUAUUGUUCUCCUUGGAGAUCAUGUUUCCGUCCCUGUUGUUCUUGGAAGACAUACUUCUGUCAUUGUUCUACCUAGAUUUGAUACAGCCAUACCUGUUCUCUAUAAAAUCAUUUCUGUUACUUUUUCUCUGAGCACUCUGUAAUUCAUUUUCUUUUUCUCUGGAGUUAACAUUUUUCAGGAAUGUUCAUUUUUGUCAGAAAUAUACCUGCAUCAAAAGCUUAUUGAUUUUACUGCUUUCUUUUCGUAACUAGACUUUAGUACUGUGAUAAGGUAAUCAGGUUUUCGAGUUUUAAGAUACAAGAAACAAUAAAACGUUGAAUUAAUUUGAGCAUGUGAUAUAAUCUGCAGCAGAAUAAAUAAAUGGAUGUAUUUUUGCAGUUGUCUUGCAAAAAAAAAAAGACUUUUAAGUGUGCGAUUGCUGUAUUAAUAAGUAUUGUAAUUAAAUCUCAGUUCCUAGUUUUAAAACAUGCUUUGUUUUAUUAUCAAUUAUCUACUCAACCUGAGUAAAAUAUUGGAAGUAAGUUGUGAAAUUUGACAAACUUAUAAAUAAAAAAAAAGGAAUUUUGAAUGUGGUAACUUGCCCAUGGUUAUUCAGCUUAGAAAUAAUUACAUGUGAAUAAAGGCAAAAACAAAGGGCUUUCCAUUUGCUUGUUACUGUUCCUGACAUUGAUCUUAACAAUUCAGAUUUAAAGUGGCAAGUUUUAGUAACAGUCUCAUUUCUGGACUGACUGUAUGAAACUAUCAACCAACAAUGAAUGUUAUUUGAUUUCCAAAUAGAAACUUACCUAGUUAAACAUACUAUUAACAAAGUGUAAACUUCACAUAUCAAAUAUACAACUGGACUGUUAUUUUAAUUUUAGAAGGUUUGAAGCCCACAUUAAAUAUGUAUAUUUCAUGUUCUGCAGUUUAAUUUUUUUUUUAGAGACAUUUAAUCUUGAGUUUGUAUAUUUUAUAUCAUGAUUCAAAGGAAUAUGAUUAAAUUAAAGAUUUUUUAAUAGAAUGGUGAUACAUCCUAAAAGCACAGAGGUUUGAUAUAGUUAUUCUGACUUAUUUUUAUUUGGCGUAAUAUUUACUUACAACAUAAGAUUUUUUUAACAUGGUGUGGGUGAUGACAUUUUAUAAGGGUUUAAUUUUUGUGUAUUUGUUUAUAGUUGGCUUCAUGAGGUUUUAAUUUUUUCUUCCCCCAAAUGUAAAUAUGAGUAGGUUUUUUGUCCAUAGUCAUCUGUUUUGUACAUUUAACAUCCCAGUUACUGUUCGUAAAACUGCAUGACACACUUGCAGAAUUUUGGCACUUCCAUAACUGGAAAAAUUUUGUAUUGGUUACCAAAACGUGUACUAGUAGUUUUGGCCAGAACAGAAACACUUGAAAAAAGAAAAAUAACAAAUUUUCAGAUUUAACAUCCGAUGCUUUUUUUUUGUAUUCUUUCACACUCAACUCACAUUUUAAACAGCCUUACAACCUGAUUUAUUCUACAAGCCUACAACCAGUGAUGAUCAUAUACAUGUUGGCAAAGCCAGAGAGGAAAAAUUUUUUUUAUCAAUAUUCAAACAUUUUUAUUACUGGCAAAGUUAUUAUUAUAAAAUAUUGAGUGUAAUACCCAAACUUGUAUUAACCCUAAUCUAGUUCAUUAUUUAGGCUAAAGUUAGAUCACGCAAACUAGAUGAUGUUUGACUUUUAGCUAGUGUUUGGCAGUUGUUACUAACAAAUAUAGUAAUCGGUAACAUUUAUUAAAGUGUUGGUUGCCUUGAUUGUUACUGUGGGUUAUUUAAUACACUUCUGUGAAAGCAAGACUACAAUUUUUUUUCAUGAUUGUUUAGUAUGCGGAAGUGAUUCUUGAGAUAUCACAUUAUAGGUUAUUUAUCAAUCUGUCUGCCUUAAAAUACAAAACUUUUUCUGAAAUCUAGAAAACGAUAAUGCUAUUUUAAAAUUAUUUUAUACACAACUUACGCAAAACCCAUUGCUUUAUAACUGAUAGAUAUUACUUUUCAGAUAUUUAAGUUUUUAUUGCUGACAUUAGUCAGUAAGUAUAGUGUACUAAGUUACUUGUUAAAUAACUUACCACGUUUUUUUUUCAAUUUGGAUAUUAUGAUACAGUACAGAUUAUUUUAACACAAACGUAUGGUUUUGUGAUGAAACUUCAGUUUUUCUUUAUAAACAUAAUUUAAACCUAAGUUGUAGUUACACUGUACAUAAUACUAGUUCUAGUAUGAAUUAAAUUGCAUGAUAACUGAUUUUCCUUACAGUUGAGUAUGAGAUAUAUUAGUGCAUGUAGAUGUUCCAAAACUGUCAAUACGUUUAAUAUGGUUAGCAUAAUUUAAGUUGCUUAGUAGCAGUAUAUGGUUCAGUUAUGGUUGUAACUUUAUGAAAUUAUAUUUAUUUAUUUUUUUCAUACUUGUAAUGAAAUGUCAAACUAAAAGAUAGUUUAGAUGCAAAAAUUCUUUUUGGCCUAAUUUUGCAAUGGUACAGUAAGUUACUUAAUAUUAUGUGUUUUACAUUUAUUAAAACAUGUGGUAAUAAACAUGCAAAACUCUC